CUAAUAGCAUGAAACCUUUGGAGAUAUGACGAUGUCUCUUUUUGAGUUAAUUCAAGUGAGCCAGGAGCUGUUGAGCGGACUGCUUCACAAUGUGUUUGUGUCUCUCAGUCUGUUGACCCGACACACGCACAGCUGCAGAUCUACAGAUGACAUCCUGCAGAGUCAGGAUGGUGCUCUGUGUGCAGCGGAAAUCGGCUCUGAACUCCAGAAACAGUUUGCCAUCCUACCAGGGGGCCGCGGGAUGAACGGUAACCCCAUCAUCGUCUUGCCAGAAUUCCCAGACUUCAACGAGCUGGAGGAGGAGGAAGUCCAAAAUGUCCUCAGCUACCUCAGCAGCGUCCCCAGCGUUGCAGCAUCAGGAGUCGGUUUCAUCCUGGUUAUCGACAGGCGACUGGACCGAUGGGCUGCCGUCAGGGCUACCCUGCUCCGCAUCGCAGGUUCAUUUCCAGGGAACUUACACUUGGUUCUGGUGUUGCGUCCGACUACUUUGCUCCAGAGGACUCUGUCAGACUUCCUGUUCAAGUACAACAGGGAUGAGUUCAAAAUGAAGGUGGUGAUGCUGAGUUCAGUGACUGAGCUCCAUGCUUAUAUCGACCCGGGACAACUGACCACAGAUCUGGGAGGAACGCAGGAGUACUGCCAUGACAGCUGGAUCUCACACCGCACUGCAAUCGAGGCCUUCGCUCUCAUGGUGAAGACCACGGCGCAGACUCUGCAGGCCUUUGGCACUGAGCUCGCAGAGACUGAACUACCCAACGAUACGGAGGCCACCACCACCCUUCUGCACACACACACUCUGAAGAAGGAUGAGAUGAAGGAGGACCUACAGGUGGCGUUGUCUCAAGGCAGACGCCUGCUGGAGUGUAUAAACGAGCCUCUGCAGACGGACCCUGAAUACAGCAUGACCUACGAUGAACUGGAAAACUUAGCGACUGUACAGAGACUCCUGGGUCAGCUGGACGAGACAGAGACGGCCUUCGAUGACUUCUGGGAGCGCCACCGCACCAAGCUGGAGCAGUGCUUACAGCUGCGGCACUUUGAGAAGCACUUCCGUGAAGUGCGCGCUCAGCUUGACGUGACAUCGGAGCGGCUGUCUGGUUUCUCUGAAGUCAGCGUAAGCCCCGCCCACGCUGAGCACGUCCUCCGAGAGCUCAGCGGACAUGAGGACAAAGCCUGUGACGCUCUAGAUAACGCGCUGUCCCUGGCCGGUGAAGGUGACCGGCUGAUAGAAAACUCCCACUAUGCCGAGGACUCCAUCAGGCCGAAGUGCAGCGAGCUGAGAGGAGUGUGUGACGAGAUCAGCUCCACCCUGAGGAGCAAGAAGAGCCUGCUGCUCAGAGCCAUGGAGCUGCACCACGCUCUGGAGAAGGCGUCACGGUGGUGUGAGGAGGGCAUCUUCCUGUUGGCCAGCCAGCCUGUGGACCGCUGUCAGUCUCAGGACGGAGCUGAGGCUGCUUUACAAGAACUGGAGCGGUACCUGGACACCGGGUCGCUGCACACUCUCUCUGACCGCAGCGCCAUCUGCUGCCAGUACGAGGCGGUGAUCACCACUCAGCUCAGGGAUCAGGUAGAGAAAGUGUUCCAGAAGCAGAGCUCCGUCCAGGAGAUGUUUGAAAAGAGACGCGUCAGCUUGAAGAAACUCGCCGCCAAACAGACCAGACCAGUCCAGCCAGUAGCUCCCAGACCUGAAGUCAAGUCCCCCCUCUCCUCUCCCAAUCAACAGAGAAAAGAGAGGAGAUACUCGGCUGAUAAUGCCAUCUGCAAAAGGGUGGAGUCUCCCAUACAUAACGGUGGAACUAGACAUGCUUCCCUGUCAGAAGAAGAGGAAAACCUGGCAGUGCUUCGGCGCCAUGUGAUGAAUGAGCUGCUGGAGACGGAGAGAGCUUAUGUGGAGGAGCUGCUGUGCGUGCUGGAGGGUUAUGCAGCGGAGAUGGACAACCCUGCCAUGGCUCACCUGAUCCCCAGCACCCUGCUGAGCAAGAAGGUCGUCCUGUUUGGAAACAUGUCUGAAAUCUACCAGUUUCACAAGAGGACGUUUCUAAAGGAACUAGAAGCGUUCACCGACUGCCCAGAGCUAGUGGGCCGCUGCUUUUUAGAGAGGAUGAAGGACCUUCAGAUCUACGAGGCGUACUGUCAGAAUAAACCUCGAUCUGAGAGCUUGUGGAGACAGUGCUCCGACUGUGCCUUCUUCCAGGAGUGCCAGAAGAAGCUGGAACAUAAACUUGGUUUGGACUCCUACCUCCUUAAACCUGUCCAGAGAAUCACCAAGUACCAGCUCCUGCUGAAGGAAAUGCUGAAGUACAGUAAGGGUUGUGACGGCUGUGGUGACCUGCAGGAGGCGCUCUCCUCCAUCCUGGGGAUCCUGAAGGCUGUGAACGACUCCAUGCACCUCAUCGCCAUCACAGGAUACGAGGGUAACCUGUCAGAUCUGGGUCGUCUGCUGAUGCAGGGCUCCUUCAGUGUGUGGACGGAGCAUAAAAAAGGUCACGCCAAGGUCAAAGAUCUGGCCCGGUUCAAGCCCAUGCAGCGGCACCUGUUCCUGCACCAGAAGGCCCUGCUGUUCUGCAAGAGGAGGGAGGAGAACGGGGAGGGCUACGAGAAAGCUCCGUCGUACAGCUUCAAACACUCCCUCAGUGUGGGCUUCACAGAGAACGCUAAAGGAGACAACAAGAAGUUUGAGAUCUGGUGCAACUCCAGAGAUGAGGUUUUUAUAGUCCAGGCUCCAAAUCCAGAGAUUAAAACGUCGUGGGUGAACGAGAUUCGCAAAGUUCUGACGCAGCAGCUGAAAGCCUGCAGAGAUGCCAGUCAGCAGAAGAGCUCAGACUCCGUUUUCCCCAGUCCCACCAGCAACAACACCUCCAUCUCCCUCAGUCCCUUUCGUAGUAGUGGUCAGAAAAACCCGAAGAAGACAGAGGAGAAGAAGGCGGAGGCGAACACGAUGUCUGACUCCUCUUCUUCACCCAAACACAAAGAUGAACCAGUGACCAGUCCGACCACUGACAGGUCUGCAGUGGCUAAAAAGCGUUUUACUUUGCCGGGCUUCAGCAAUCUCAAUAGUCCCAAAGGCUCGGCCAUGAGCCCCGAGCAUGGCUCCAAACGCCACUUGGUCAAGAGUGACCCCACACCGUUUGGGUUUAAAGGCUGGAACAAGGCGUCUCUCUCGGUGGAUGCCUCAGAAGAGAACAAUGGGUACUCGAGUAGCGAGGACCCCAUGAACUCUGACCCCGAGGACGACGUAGGAAAGAAGCUGGCUCCUGGAAAGUAUACAGUGUUUGCCGACUGCGAGAAGGCGGGACCUCAAGAGCUGUCAGUGAAGAGUGGAGACAUGGUCCAGCUGAUCAGAGAAGGAGAGGAGGGGCAGUGGUUUGUGAAGAACCUCCGCAGCAGUAGGGAGGGCUGGGUCGCAGCAGCAAACCUCCUCAGCCUCAUCUCAGAGUCCAAGUCCUCUCAGUCGCUCAGCAGCUCAGAUGGCAGCGUCUCCGGGAACAUCAGCACGUCCUCCAGCUGCAGCGAGACCUACACCAGCUUCUCCGACAUCAAACCCUGACCUGGAUCCAUCAAGGAACAACGUCCGUGUGGAUUUACAAAAAACAAAUCACAGAGACCAUCCACGUCACAGUUUGAGGAUCCAACUAUAAAUCAAUCAUCUCUGAAGCUGCGGAUGUUGCCAGUGUUUUAGCUGAGUCAUCAACACCCAUCUCAAUUUACAUUAAUUCACCUUUAAAGUUAUUAACAUGUUAGGUGUGUUCACAGUGGCAGAUCAUUUACAUAUCAGGGAAACGUCAGGCCUUCUUUAAAAAUCACAUCACUGUCAACUACAGAUAGAAGUGUUCAGUCUAUUAUUCAACCCAUUUGAUUAUGUAGCAUUUAAGCGGUCAAAUUUAAAGAAUAUGUGCACUAAAAGAAACCCCCUCAACAUCACAGCAUAGGGACAGAUUCUUGUGUGAAACAGCGACAGGUAUAGACGCUAUCAGACCGGCCUUUCACCCCAUGCUUUAGUGUCAGACAUUAAUCGCACACUGUGAAAACUGGCAGCUGGCUGCAACAAGAAAAAAGCUUUUGGUGCGUGGUGGAGCAGCUCACACCUUCAGGAUGACUUACUGGAAGUCUGGUCACCUUUUUUUGUACGGGAGGUCACAGUGUCUGGCGGGUCCGGGGUGUUAAAUAUUCAACAGUGCUGUGUUCCUCCCAUGUCGUCCAUACGAGCUUCCCUGGUUCCACCUAUUAAGGUAUAUAAUUCAUCACCUGGUGAAUGUCCCCCACAGCGCCACCCGGUGGGCAGAUGUCAUGCAGCUACACAUAGAAUCACUUAACAGAGCGGCAGCUUUGAACAACUUUUAAAACCUCUUUUUCUUUUUCCUAGAGUGAUUGUCUAAAUCGCCUGUACACUGCUCUGGGUUAUCGUCUCAGGAAGGUGUGUGGGCAGGCAGGUGUGACUGCAUACCUGUGUGUCUACUAUAUGUCUUUGUGUGUGAGUGUGUGUGCAUUCCCGCAUAUGUGUGUGUGCUUCAAAAAACAAAUCCAAACUGGCUAUUUAGUCGCAGACAGCAGCUGGGUCACUGGCUACACUUUAAGAUAUUUUAGCUCCGUUACUCACUAUUUAACCUGCUGGGUUAGUUUCUCGUUGGGCAGAGUUAAUUUGAAACCAUUGAAGGGAGUGCUUGGAUAGAAAAGUCAAUAUACUGUGCACACAAAUACUGUGUCAUGGCCUCUGCGCUCACCUAUCUUUGGUUUGCACUGCAGCAACAAAAGCAGCUUUGUCCCUCCCUCUGCUCCCAGCCCUACUAAGGCAUGUGACAGCAGCCACCUCUCCUCAAGCAGGCCUAACCCGGAGAGUUUUCUCAAUGUGUUUGCACCGCAUGUCCUGCAUCAGAAUGUGAUUUACUUAUGAUGAUGUAGCAAGGUAAUCGAAUAACAAGGUGCAUCACGUUUGGAUGUUUUGAGUAGGCUGAUUUAGCCCUGUAGUGGGAACCAGGAUACAGGUUGAUAACACAUCUCUGACAACCAGCUGCUGUGACACACACACACACACACACACACACACACACACACACACACACACACACACACACACACACACACACACACACACACACACACACACACACACACAGACAAAGAACCUGUGCUAUUCUGAACACUGAAUGACACCUUUUUUCUUACAUGGUUUUUCAAAGGUGUUUUUUUAUAACCCCAGAUUUCUACUGUAUCAACAAGGCGCACUGUAAAACAAUCUUUCCAUAUUUACUGUCGAAUGUGUUGUUCAAAACAGAAAAAGUGCAGCAUGCGGUUACACUAAAAACCAGCCCCACCCAUUUAAUACUUAAAAAAUGGGUUGUAUUUGUCCGCCACUGUCUUAACACCACUGUGGUUUUGUUAAAUUCGAACCUGAUUUGAGCAUUUUUGCUGAAAACCCCUUUUAUACGCAUGUCCUCCCUGUGAAAGGAACGAUUUUGCCCCAGAGAAAGGACGCUUAAAGAUAAACCAGAGAGUAAACUGUGGCUGGCAUUUGGUGUGGAUCCAUGUCGGUUUCGUAAGAGUGGGAAAUCUAUGUUACACUUGUACAGAUGUGUCCUCUAUACCUCACCCUUGUUUCCCUCGAGAGCAUGUACAUUGUGAAGAGGAUCAUGGUUUUAUGAGUCUGUGCAUCAUCUCUCUCUGUGGCAUGUUCUUCAUACACCUCUCACGUCAAAGCCCUGAACAAGGCAAGUAUUUUUUACCAGGCACUGUUGUAUUUUGUGAGAGUUUAUUUUCUGCCCUCAUAAAGCUGACACGGGCACUAAACUUGUCAGCGCUCUAUCAUGAUCACUCAAUAAAGUUAUUGAAUGAUUUGUACUUUUUGACUCGGAGGCCGGGGAGACGAGAAGGGUUAUAUUUUUUUGUUUCUUUUUAUGCAGCACAUUGCAGCAACCACUGUCUUUAUUUUCCUAUUGUAUCUACUGAGUAUGGUGUUGAUAUAAAGAUAUUAUAAUGAGACAUAUCCGUGUAUAUUUGUAAAUAUGUAAUUCUGAAUUGUAUGUAAUAUGAAAAGCAGCUUUAAUAAAGUCUGAGAUGGUUUCCUCUA